AUCUUAGAAAGCCCUGUCCUCCUUUUGAUUUAUUUGUACUAUUUCAAAACAAUUUUCCAAUAUUUUAAUAUCUCUUUCUUCAGUAUCUGAGAAGAAAAAAGAAGACCGUUCCUCGUUAGCUGUGCCUUUAAUUUCUCUUUUACACAAUCCGUUCUUUUCUGCUAAACACAAGACAACGACGUCGUCUUUUGUUACCUUCAUCACUCUCAUGAGAUUCAAACUCAAACUCACACCACCACAACCCUAACCUACUAAACACAAACAACAAUAACAACAACAACAACAACCUUUUCCAUCACCCCAUGGUUGCCGGAAAAGUUAAAGUAGCAAUGGGAUUCACCAAGUCACCAUCACCGGCACAUGUACACAGUACUCCACCACCACAAAAGAAGAAACAACAACCACCUCCUCCUUCUCCUUCCACGACCACCACCACCACCUCCUCCACCAAAUCUUCCUCUCACAAAUCCUCAUUCUCCCGCAUCGGUUUCCAUUUCCCGCGUUCCUCUGCUCAAGUACAGCCUCGUCCUCCAGACGGAACAGAGCUUCUCCGUCUAGUUGAAGAGCUUCGUGAAAGCGAGUCUCGCUUGAAAACGGAGCUUCUCGAGCAUAAACUACUAAAAGAGUCCAUCGCCAUUGUUCCGGUUCUGGAGAACGAGUUAACGGUUAGGGAAACUGAGAUUCAGAGAAGUAGGAAGAAAGAAGAAGAAACAGAAGCAGAGAACGAGAAGUUAAAGAAGGAGUUGGAGAAACUAAAGCUACAAAUGGAAACAGAGAGAAGAGAGAGUGAAAGGAAAAUGAAAGCGUUGGAAGAUGAAAUUGCUGAACUGAAGAAAACGACGUCGUUACAAAAUGAGCAUGAGCAUGAACAUGAGCAAUUUUCAUCUUCACAGAGGUUUUUAGGGAUUGGAGAAGUUUCAGUGAAGUCGAAUCUGAUGAAAAAUUUGAAGAAAACGAUGUCGGAUCAUGCAAUUGUGAUUCAGAAGCAUUAUGAAAGUGUUGAUUUGAAAAGAGAUUUUGCAGAAACUGAAAGGCCACGUCACUCUAGAAGUAACUCGGAGGAACUCGCUGAUUGUACUGACUCAGUUUUGAAUGUUAAUGUUAGAUCUCGUGUGCCUAGGGUUCCUAAUCCACCGCCGAAGCCGUCGUCUUCUUCUUCAUCGUCGUCAUCAUCGUCGAGUGGUGGUUCAGUUGCAGAGGAUAACAAUAACAAUGGUGAAACAGAGCAAACAGUUUUGCAACCGAUUAAACCGGCGAAGGCAGCACCACCUCCGCCACCUCCUCCUCCAUCGCGUAAACCUGCAUCUAAAGCUGCGGCUGUGGCUGCUCCUCCGCCUCCUCCUCCACCGCCGAAAGGAGGAAGAAUGGCUCCGGCGAAGGUGAGGAGAGUACCGGAGGUGGUAGAGUUUUACCAUUCGUUGAUGCGGAGGGACUCUCAAUCACGACGGGAAUCUAACUCCGGUGCGGCUGCGGAGGUACCGGCGACGGCGAAUGCACGUGAUAUGAUCGGAGAGAUUGAGAACCGUUCGACUCACUUACUAGCGAUUAAAAAUGAUGUAGAAACACAAGGAGAUUUUAUUAGAUACUUGAUUAAAGAAGUGGAAGGUGCAGCAUUUACAGACAUUGAAGACGUUGUACCUUUUGUCAAAUGGCUUGACGACGAACUCUCCUAUUUGGUGGAUGAAAGAGCAGUGCUCAAACACUUCGAUUGGCCGGAGCAGAAGGCUGAUGCCAUGCGUGAAGCUGCUUUUGGAUAUUGUGAUCUGAAGAAACUAGAAUCUGAGGCUUCUUCUUUCCGUGACGAUCCUCGACAACUAUGUGGUCCAGCUCUUAAGAAGAUGCAAACUCUCUUUGAGAAAUUAGAACACGGGGUUUACAAUAUCUCUAGAAUGAGAGAGUCGGCAACAAAGAGAUUCAAAGUAUUCCAAAUACCUAUAGAUUGGUUGCUUGAUAGCGGUUAUGCCACCAAGAUCAAGCUGGCAUCUGUAAAAUUGGCUAUGAAGUACAUGAAGAGAGUCUCUGCUGAGCUUGAGACUGUUGGUGGUGGGCCGGAAGAAGAAGAACUCAUUGUCCAAGGAGUUAGAUUUGCUUUCCGAGUACAUCAGUUUGCUAGUGGUUUUGAUGCUGAUACAAUGAGAGCAUUCCAAGAAUUGAGAGAUAAAGCCAGGUCCUGUCAUGUUCAAUGCCAUGGCCAGCAACAGAAAUUCUUGUGCAGGUCUGCCGCAUGCUAAUGCAGGAGCAAACUCAACUCCAGAGAGAAUUAGAUUAUUGUAGCCCUCUUUUUCACUAGUUUGUGAAUAUAAUGGCAAUAGUACUAUUAGCCAUCAAAGUGGAAAACCUUUAUAUAUAAUUUAUGAUUCAUCCAUUCAUUAAUCACUUGGGAAAAGAAUCAGUAAACAAAUUAAUUUGCUUCCACUUUGGUGAUUAUUGUUAUUGCGAAUUCUCUGGACUGUUUAUCUAAUCAUUCAUUCAUUUAUAAAGAAACAGAACAGUAACAAACUCUAGCACUUGUAGCUGUUGUGAAUUUUCUAUAAAUAUAUGCUGUGUUGAGAA